AUGGCUGAUAUAAUUAUUUUAUUACGAAUGAUAUCGACUCAUUCUAAUGAACUGGUGACAACCGAUAUACUGAAAAGAAUGUGGAACACAUACAGGUUUAACGAUACCGUUCGUUAUUUACCGUAA